AGUAAACAUUUUUAUAAAGACACCCAUCUCGACUUCAGCAGUUCACAUACAUAUUUCUAUAAAACUUUUCUCUUGCCUUUACCAAAUUGUAUGUUGCAUUUGUCGAAAAUGUUGUUUAAUAGUUUUACAUUUAUGCGCGGACUCAGCGAGUUCAGUGCAACCGCCUUGUUCAUGGUUAUCAGCUGCAUGGGUUGUAGCGUGCGCGAUCAGGGUGCCAGUGGAAAUCUCAUCUCAAGCUUGAACUACGGAUUGGCCACAGUUGUGGUCAUGCACAUCUUUGGAUUUAUAUCUGGCGCACAUGCCAAUCCUUGUGUUUCGGUCGCUUGCUGUUUACUGGGCUAUAUUGGCUCCAACAUGAUGUUUGUUUAUAUUGCCUGCCAGCUGGCGGGCGCUGCAUUUGGAUAUUUUAUGCUGCUGCAAAUGCUGCCACAAGGCUUGAUUGAUUCUUGCAAACUGGGCGUGUGCAUGGUGGAGCCAAUGAAUAGUCUUUCAAGUAUACAGAUCCUAAGCAUCGAGGGCUUUCUCACAUCGGUGCUGAUCCUCGCCUGGUGCGCACUGUGGGAUGUGCGCAGCGGACGUUUCCUCGACUCGGUCACCUUACGAAUGGGCUGCCUUGUGACCGUUUGCAAUUUGGCAGGCGGCCAUCUUACGGGUGCCUCAAUGAAUCCGGCAAAGAUACUUAUUCCCACACUAUUCAAGGGCAAUCCGGAAUCGGUAUUACUGCAGCUAGGCGGCCAAAUGCUGGCUUCCAUAAUUAUACCACAGCUCUGGCUAUUUGCCUACACACCGAGCUAUCGGCCCCUACAGAUUGAAACCCCCGAGAGGCACUCAUCAGAAUUGUAUCUCAGCCCAUAAGAAUGAUGCUUGUCUAAAUAAAUAUGUUAUAUAUACAAAUACAAGUA